AUGUCCGAAUUAUUCACCAAUGUUCAAGAAUUACCGCCAGAUCCAUUAUUUGGAUUAAAAGCCAGAUACACUAAAGAUCCACGUAGUGAUAAAGUUGAUUUAGGUAUUGGUGCUUAUCGUGACAACAACGGUAAACCAUGGAUCUUACCAGCUGUUCGUCAAGCUGAACAAAAAUUGAUCAAUUCGCCUGAUUAUAAUCAUGAAUAUUUAUCUAUUUCUGGGUAUGAGCCUUUUUAUACUGGUGCUGCUAAAGUAUUAUUGGGAGAUAAAUCGCCUGCUAUUGGAGAAGGUCGAGUUGUUUCACAACAAAGUUUAUCGGGAACUGGUGCUUUGCAUUUAGCUGGAUUGUUUUUGAAAAAAUUUUAUUCUGCUGGUCCUCAUACGAUUUACUUAUCUCAACCAACUUGGGCUAACCAUAAACAAGUGUUUGAAACUUUGGGAUUGACGGUAAAGACAUAUCCUUAUUGGGACAAUGCUACUAAAUCUUUGGACUUGAAGGGGUUUUUAAACACUAUAAAUCAAGCUGAACAGGGAUCAAUUUUCCUUUUGCAUGCAUGUGCUCAUAAUCCAACUGGAUUGGAUCCAAACUAUGAACAAUGGAAUCAGAUCUUGCAAGCUUUAGAAGCCAAGAAACAUUUAAUCAUUUUUGAUUCAGCUUAUCAAGGGUUUGCUUCUGGUGAUUUGGAAAAAGAUGCUUAUCCUAUCCGUAAAGCCAUUAAUGAUUCAGUUAUUAAAUCUACUCCCAUCAUCAUUUGCCAAUCAUUUGCCAAAAACGUUGGUAUGUAUGGUGAAAGAGUUGGUGCUAUUCAUGUAGUAUUGCCAACUAAAGAUGAUGCAUUUGGUAGAGCAGUUAAAUCACAAUUGAAUUUAAUUAUUCGUUGUGAAAUUUCAAAUCCACCAGCAUAUGGAUCUAAGAUUGUAUCUACUAUACUCAAUGAUCCUAGCUUGUAUUCUCAAUGGAGAAAAGAUUUGGUGACAAUGUCAUCAAGAAUUAUUAAAAUGAGAAAUACUUUGCGUUCAAAAUUGGAAAAAUUGGGUACUCCAGGAACUUGGAAUCAUAUAACUGAUCAAACUGGUAUGUUUUCAUUUACUGGUUUAACUCCUGAACAAGUUGAAAGAUUGGAAAAGAAACAUGGUGUUUAUUUGGUUUCAAGUGGUAGAGCUUCAGUUGCCGGAUUAAAUGAUGGUAAUGUUGAUAAAGUUGCCAAUGCAAUUGAUGAAGUAGUUAGAAAUUCCAAAGGUGCAAAACUUUAG